AUGGACUUCUCUUUCAAAGAGAACAUAGCUUUCGCCAUGUCCCUCCAUAGCAAACUCUCUCUCUCUCUCUCUCUAUUUCUUUCUUUCUUUCUUUCUUUCUUUCUUUCUAUAUCGGUAUUUCAAUCACCGUAUCUAUCUAUCUAUCUAUCUAUCUAUCUAUCUAUCUAUCUAUCUAUCUAUCUCAGGCUGUCCAUUAUCUAUCUAUCUAUCUAUCUAUCUAUCUAUCUAUCUAUCUAUCUAUCUCAGGCUGUCCAUUAUCUAUCUAUCUAUCUAUUUAUCUAUCUAUCUAUCUAUCUAUCUAUUCUUUUCUUGUCUUCACGCAGCCUGUUUCUAUCUAUCUAUCUAUCUAUCUAUCUAUCUAUCUAUCUAUUUAAUUCUCCUUCUUUUCGCAUCUAUCUAUCUAUCUAUCUAUCUAUCUAUCUAUCUAUCUAUCUAUCUAUCUAUCUAUGUUUCUUCAUCCAACUAAUACUUUAUCAAUAUCUAUCUAUCUAUCUAUCUAUCUAUCUAUCUAUCUAUCUAUCUAUCUAUCUAUCUAUCUGUCCAUUUCUAUCCAUAUUUGUCCGUCCUCUCUGCAUCGUUUGUCAACACCAUCUCGUAUCUAUCUAUCUAUCUAUCUAUCUCGUUAGCUAUCUUGCUGUCUUUGAUGAGUCUUUUUCCAAUUUGUCAACAUCAUUUCGUAUCUAUCGAUCGAUCGAUAUGUUUGUCUAUCACUGCAUCACCAUCACAUUAUCUAUCUAUCUAUCUAUCUCAGCCAAUGUAUUAUCUAUCUAUCUAUCUAUCUAUCUAUCUCAGUCUCUUCAUGAUCUAUCUAUCUAUCUAUCUAUCUAUCUAUCUAUCUAUCUAUCUUCAAAAGCAAAUUCACAGACGACAUCUGUUAAUUAUCUAUCUAUCUAUCCAUCUAUCUAUCUUAGUUCGCUGGUCAAUAUCUCUUAUCAUUCUAUAUAUUUAUCUUAUUCUCUUGGUCAAUAUCUAUCUAUCAUCUAUCUAUCUAUCUAUCUAUCUAUCUAUCUAUCUAUCUAUCUCAGUCUUCUGUUGGUCAAUAUCUAUUAUCAUUCUAUAUAUUUAUAUUAUUCUCUUGGUCAAUAUCUAUCUAUCUAUCUAUCUAUCUAUCUAUCUAUCUAUCUAUCUAUCUAUCUCAGUUUGCUCUUAUCUAUCUAUCUAUCUAUCUAUCUAUCUAUCUAUCUAUCUAUCUAUCUAUCUAAGUCUGCUCUUAUCUAUCUAUCUAUCUAUCUCAGUCUGUUGGUCAAUAUCUAUUAUCAUUCUAUAUAUUUAUAUUAUUCUCUUGGUCAAUCUAUCUAUCUAUCCAUCUAUCUAUCUCUAUCUCAGUCUGUUCAUAUCUAUCUAUCUAUCCAUCUAUCCAUCUAUCUAUCUCAGUCUAUCUCAGUCUGUUCAUAUCCAUCUAUCUAUCUAUCUAUCCAUCUAUCCAUCUAUCUCAGUCUGUUCAUAUCUAUCUAUCUAUCUAUCUAUCUAUCCAUCUAUCUAUCUCAGUCUGUUCAUCCAUCUAUCUAUCUAUCUAUCUAUCUAUCUAUCUAUCUAUCUAUCUAUCUAUCUCAGUCUGUUCAUAUUCAUCUAUCUAUCUAUCUACCCAUCUAUCUAUCUAUCUAUCUCAGUCUGUUCAUAUCUAUCUAUCUAUCUAUCUAUCUAUCUCAGUCUGUUGGUCAAUAUCUAUCUAUCGAUCUAUCUAUCUCUCUAUGUCUGUUGGUUAUUAUCGAUCUAUCUAUCUAUCUAUCUAUCUAUCUAUCUAUCUAUCUAUCUAUCUAUCUAUCUUAA